UCCGUGGGACCCAAGAAAAGAAAGAAGAGAAGAAAACAAGCAGCGCUGUACUGCAGCAGCAGAGAAAUUAAAAGAAUUAAAUUCCUUUCUUCGUAGAAAAAGUGAAAAUUCCUUUCUUAAUUUCUUUACGAAGAAAGGUUAAAACGGUGCUGUAAAAAUUCCUUUACUCUUGACGAAGAAAGAAACAAAGAGAAGCACCAAAGUGCCUGUGCUGAACGGAGAUGGAGGCAGACAGGAUCAGCAACUUACCAGGGAGUGUUAUAGAUCACAUUUUGUCAAAUUUGCCAAUGAGGGAAGCAGUUAGGACAAGUGUUUUGUCAAGCAAGUGGAGGUACAAAUGGGCUACACUUCCACAUCUUGCGUUUGAUAAUCAAUGUUUCUCUGUUCCUUUUCAAGAUCAUACAGAUGUCGAGAAUAAACUUGUGGCCAUUGUUGAUCAUGUUCUGUUACUUCAUAAUGGCCCAAUAUACAAGUUCAAACUAUCUCACCCGGAUGUUCAAGGGAUUCCUAACAUGAAUAGGUGGAUUCUUCAUCUAUCAAGGAGCUCUAUCAAAGAGUUGGUUCUUGAAAUUUGGAAAGGGAAACGCUACAAGAUGCCUUCUUCUCUAUUUUCUUGUCACGAUUUGAUUCAUUUAAAGUCAUCUAAUUGUUUGCUAAAACCUCCGUUGGCGUUUAAAGGCUUCAGGAGCUUGAAGAGCCUUGAUCUGCAGCGUGUGACCAUGGCCCAAGAUGUGUUUGGAAGUCUGAUUUCUAGCUGCCCUCUGCUAGAGAGAUUGACAUUGAUGAACUUUGACGGUUUCACCCAUCUCAACAUUGAUGCACCAAAACUCCAAUUUUUUUGUACUGGAGGUGCUUUUGAGGACAUUAGUUUUGAAAACACCUCCUGUUUGACUGUCAUUUCCAUUGGAUUAUAUGUAAAUGUUGGUGAUAAAAGGCGAGCUUAUUCCAAUUAUAGCAAUUUGCUCAAAUUUUUUGUCCGUCUGCCCCAUAUUCGAAGGCUGGAGGUUCAGAGCUACUUUUUGAAGUAUUUGGCUAUUGGAAUUGUACCAGGAAAGUUGCCUACACCAUGCGUUCAUCUAAAUUAUUUUUCCAUAUGCAUGAACUUCAAUGAUGUGGAGGAGGUUUUAACUGCUCUAUGCCUCAUAAGAAGUUCCCCUAAUCUAAAAGAACUAGAAGUUUUGGCUCGCCCGGAGGAACAGGUUGCUGCGGUGACAUUCACCAACUAUUGGAAAGACGACCACUGGAGUAGUCCAUUCAACCAACUGCGACAAGUGAAAAUAGGUGGCAUCCUUGGUAUAAAACCUGAAUUAAAUUUCAUCAAUUUCCUGCUAUUAGCUGCCCCAGUUCUUGAAACAAUGAGUGUUAAGCCUGCUUCCAACCGUGGAGGAUGGGAAUUGACAAAAGAAUUACUGCGAUACCGGCGAUCCUCCAGGCAGGCAGAAAUCAUUUACUUGGACCCUUAACACAUCAGUGAGUUUGGCAGCCCCAAGAAGGCUUAUGUGAAGAAAAAAAACUCUGGAUUUCAUGUCGGUCUGAACAUUGAACAAUGCGUUUUUCUAACCCUUGUACUGGCAUCUAUGCUAGCUCCUUGCAUUUAUUUUCUGCAUCAGUGUCGUUGAAGUGUUUUGGACGACUACUUGUAACCAUGAAAUAUGAAUAGGAAAUGAUAAUUGCAAACAAACAAGC